AUGUCGACUGAAGUUUCUCACGGACGUGGUGGUGCUGGCAACUUCAAGCCAGAUGACACCGAGUAUGUCGACGGCGAGGUCGUUCGCACUGGCAUUGUUGGAAGCCAUGGCGAUGGCGCAUACAGUGCAGGCCGUGGAGCUUGCUCAGACAGCUACCCUACGUCUUUUCUUGAUCAUGGCCGGAACCAGUACGUUGACGUUUCUUUUACGACAGGUGCUGGCAACAUUGGAGACAUAGGUACGCCUACCACCGAGCGAAAGGAUCAGGACAUCAUCCCGGAAAUUGCGAUCCGACCGAGCCAAGAUGGCCGAGACUUCCACACUGGCCGCGGAGGCGCUGGCAAUGCUCAGGUCGGAACCCCAGAGAGAAAGUCUGAAGAGGAAGAGAAGCCUGUUACCAAGACUCCCGUUGGUCUGGCUGACAAACUCAAGUCCAAGAUCUUUGGCCACAAGAAGUAG